CAUGAUUCCUUUCUUCAACUUAUACUACGAACUCAUGGGCAUUGAACUUCCAGAAUAUUCGGAUUUCCCAUCCAAGAUUUGCUCAUUCUGUGAAACUAGGAUGAUUCAGUCUUAUCAAUUCCGGGAACAAUGCCUUGAAACAGAAGAUAAGCUGAAGGAGCUUGUAAAUGAGAAGGCUGAGAUUACUGCUGCAAAUAUCUUUAUCAGUGAUAUGGCAUCAUCGACAAUAGACGAGAAAGCAAGUGAAGAAACUUUGAUUGAUACGGUAUCAUAUGAUGUAGAGGUCACAAAAGAUGACAUCGACCCUCAAAAUGAAUUCAAAAAGCCUCAAGAUGAACCACCGCAGAAGAAAAUUAUCAAGGUUUCCCAGAAACAAAUGAGAGAGCUACAAACGAGAGUAAUUCAAUGCAGUAGAUGCAGUGAGUUAUUUAAAGGCAUCCAACUAUUUAGGCAGCAUACGUGCAAAAUACAAGCCAAAGUUAAAGAAAUUCAAGAAAUUGAAGAAGUAAAGCCUAAACUCAGAAGAAAGGCAAAAAAGUUCAGAAAAGAAUGUGAGAAAUGUGGGAAAGUUUUUACAGGUCACACCAGCUAUCUCUGCCACAUGGAUAAUCACAAUGGUGUCAAACGAUAUUCCUGCCUUCAGUGCAACAAAAAAUUCAGUCACUGGAUCUCAAGACGAACCCACAUGUACAGAGAUCAUUAUAAGAAAUUCUACUGCAUGUGUCCGCAGUGUGGACACGGAUUCUAUUCACAAUCACGUCUAAAUAUUCAUAUUGCGACAAAGCAUGGAAACUUAGUUUUUCAAUGCGAAACAUGCGGGAAGACAUUCGCAUCAAAGAGAACUUUAGCACAUCACUUGAUUACCCAUGGUGAGAGUAAGAAAUGCAAAGAUUGUGGGAAGAUCCUAAAGAAUUACAAUACACUGAAACAUCACAUGAGAGGACAUUUAAAAGAAAGGAACUACAUCUGCCCAGUUUGUUCGAAUAAAUUCACAUGCAACCACGCACUAAAAUCUCACGUGAGGAAUCUACAUCCGGAUCAGGUGAAUCUCCUUCCACCAGACGGAACUAUCGUCAAUAAGAAAUAUUUAAAGAGGAUGGAGCAAAGCAACAGGCAGGAUUCAUAAAAAUGUAGAUAAGUCUCAAGGCAGAAGUAAAGAAUAAAAAUUGGAAUUUACGAAA